AUGCUGGAGGACGACGCUUGGGCUGACGAGCUGCCCGUGGUGGCGCAGCCUCGCGGCCCGCCUGCCAGCGCAGGCUCGCGCGGAGGCAAAGGCAAGGGCACGAGCAAAGGCGGCGAGAGCGGCGGCAAGAACCAGCAUGGCCAUUUCGAGGUGUGGCAGCUGUGGAAGCUCAUCCAUCGCAUGCGGAAGCGCGCGGGUCUGCCCCCCGCGUCCGAGAAGCUCCCUUGCGACCACGGAGCGCUGGUCGGAAUAGCCGUCGAGCUCGAGGUGUUGGCGGCCGUGGAGCUGCAUGAUACCAAGCCGCAGUCCACGCGCCACGCGAAUGCAGGGCAUAAGCUGGCCGAGCUGGCGUGUAGACAGACUGCGCUGGACAAAGAGAUUGUGAACCAGAAGAAGGUCGUCGAGCCCGAGGCUGCGAAGGCCCUGGGGGUCAAGCUCGAAACGCAGCGGGAUGCUUUGGGAAAAAAGAUCGAUAAGGCCAAGCAGCUGCUGGUCGACACGAUGCCCGUCAAGGUGCAGCAGCUGCUCGCCUCCAAAACCAGCACCAAGCUCACAGGCACGGUCAAGGCGGCGCCGCCCUAUCCUCCCGGCCGUCGCAUCAAGAUCGACGGCGGCAAGCUGGACCCCGCCUUGGACGCGCAAGAGCCAGCAAAAAAAGAGGCAACGCAGAGGCUGGAGUUCGCCAUGGCCGCGGAGAACUUGCUCUACCAGCUGGGCGCGACCAUCGCCCACUCCAAGGCACCGACCAGCGGAGGCCUGCUCACUGAGACCAAUGGAGGGCAGCGCCUGUUCUCGUCGAGCUCGCCCUAUGACCUGUGCGUCAUCGGCGGCGGCCCAGGGGGCUACGUCGCCGCCAUCAAGGCCGCGCAGCUGGGGCUGAAGACCGUGUGCGUCGAGCGCCGGGGCAAGCUCGGAGGCACGUGCCUGAACGUGGGCUGCAUCCCCUCCAAGAGCUUGCUGCACAACUCGCACCUCUACCACAUGGCCAAGCACGACCUGAAGGACAGGGGCAUCAACGUGUCUGGCGUGGAGCUAGAUCUGGGCAAGAUGAUGCAGAACAAGAAGAAGGCCGUGACCAUGCUCACGAAGGGUAUCGAGAUGCUUUUCAAGGCGAACAAGGUCGACUACGCUGUCGGGCACGGCACGUUGGCCGGGCCCAACUCCGUGAAGGUUGCCCUUAACGACGGCGGGGAGCAGACAAUAGAGGCCAAGAACAUCAUGUUGGCCACAGGCUCCGAGGUGAUGAGCCUGCCCGGCAUCGAGCUCGACGAAAAGCAGAUUGUUUCCAGCACUGGUGCGCUCGAGCUGGAUAAGGUGCCCGAGGCGUUGACCGUCAUUGGCGGUGGCGUAAUAGGCUUGGAGCUCGGAUCAGUCUGGGCGAGGCUGGGGAGCAAGGUGACGGUAGUGGAGUUCCUCGAUAGUAUUGGUGGUCUCGGCAUUGACGCAGAGGUGGCCAAGAAUUUCUUGGCGAUCCUCAAGAAGCAAGGCAUGCAGUUCAAGCUGAAGACGAAGGUCACUGGCGUCAAGAAGGUCGACGGGUUGGUGGAGGUCAGCACGGAGCCCGCAGCUGGCGGCGAGACUACGGUGGACAAGGCCGACGUGGUCCUGGUGUGCGUCGGGCGACGGCAAUUUAUGGACAACCUCGGCCUCGAGGCCAUGGGCGUAGAAAUGGACGGCAAGAAGGUGAAGGUAGACCACAACUACAUGACGAAUGUGCCUGGCGUCUACGCGAUCGGCGACAUCGUCCAGGGCCCAAUGCUCGCGCACAAGGCCGAGGACGAGGGCGCCCUCCUGUCCGAGUACCUGGCGACCGGCAAGUCGCCCCACUUGGACUACAACACCGUACCCUCCGUCGUCUACACGUACCCCGAGGUGGCCUGGGUGGGCAAGACGGAGGAGCAGCUCAAGGGCGAGGGCGUCGCGUACAAGAAAGGCAAGUUUGUCUUCGGCGCCAACUCGCGCGCCAAGUGCGUUGCCGAGGAGGCUGGCUUUGUAAAGGUGCUGGCCGACAAGGCGACGGACAAGUUGUUGGGCGUGCACAUCGUCAAUUCCAUGGCCGGCGAGCUGAUCGCCGAGGCCUGCGUGGGCAUCGAGUACGGUGCUUCUUCCGAGGACUUGGCACGCGUGUGCCACGCCCACCCGACGUUGUCCGAGGCGCUCAAGGGCGCGGCGCAGAUGACGGCCUUCGGCAAGGCCAUCAACUCGCCGUGA